UAUAGCCCGGGCCUGGGACAAGGGCGUGAGCGAGCGGUUGGUGGGCGCGGCCGUCGCGAAGUGGCUGCCGGGGCGUCAAGAUGGCGGAAGCCCUGACAGCUCAGGAGCACCUGGCUGUGGAGGAGUUCCUGAGUGAGGUGCGUCUCAGAGAGCAGCCUCACAGCGCCGGGCUCGUGUCCCGGCCCACAGCCGUCAAGUUUCUUAUGGCCCGCAAGUUUGACGUCUCUCGUGCCAUCGACCUCCUCCAAGCGUACAAGAACACAAGACUCAAAGAGGGGAUCAUCAAUAUCAAUCCAGACGAGGAGCCCCUCCGCUCUGAGCUGCUCGAUGGAAAAUUCACAGUCCUGCCUGGGCGUGACGCAAAUGGUGCCGCCCUGGCUCUUUUCACAGCUCGUCUCCAUCGGCCAGACGUAACCACGCACAAAGCGGUGCUGCAGGCCAUCAUCUAUCAGCUGGAUAAAGCCAUAGAGAGUGUUCAAACCCAGAGAGAGGGACUCAUAUUUAUCUAUGACAUGACCAACUCCAGCUAUGGGAAUUUUGACUACGAGCUCUGUGUGAAGAUCCUCAAUCUGCUCAAGGGGGCGUUUCCUGCUCGUCUAAAGUGCGUCUUCAUCGUAUCAUCGCCUCUUUGGUUCCGAGCACCGUUUGCGGUGCUCCGCCUCUUUGUGCGGGAAAAACUGAGAGAACGGGUUUGCACCGUGAAGGCUUCAGAGCUGGCCACUCAUAUCCCAGUCUCCUCCCUCCCGGAAAACCUCGGCGGGACCUCGCAGUGCAGCCACGUGGCCUGGAUCCAGUCCUGUGUCAACGCAAACACAGUCGAGGGGGACACGCAAGCACAUGACCCCCACGACUGCGUGGGAAGCCUCCUGCGCUCUUACAGCCAGGACUGUGGCGACCCGAGCAGCGGUGCUACACUGUCACACACCCAUUCGAAUACGCAGCUGGGCUCAGAGCUCGCCGCGGCGAACUCUAAUUGCUACGGCGAUAACAACGCCAACCCACACAACCCCUGCGGUGAUGAGGAAGGCAGGACUGGAGGACGUCCUCAGCACAGCCCUGCAGCCAACAGGCUACAGGGGAACCACAAACACUGGAACGGAUCGGCUGUGAGCGGAACCAACAUGAGCCCGAAUUCUAACAUGAACGGUCGUGGCCACCAAGCACCGCCCCAGUCAGACACGCCGCCUGACACCCCCCUCUCUCACAAAGGCGACGACGACGCAGCACGCGGCACAACCACAGACUAUGAACAUAGACAUCUAAAUGAGGAUAUAAAGGAGGUGGAUGAGGAAGGCGAGGGAGAUGAGGGAGUCCCGCCGUUGCCCCAAAAAUCUUUGCCUCGACCACCACACCAGCCCACCUCACAGUCACCACCCCUGGCCUCGUCUUGGGAUCCCGAUGAGGACUGCUGCAUGGAGGAGUCCAUUCACGUGCCCGAACAAGGGGGAAUGGCGGUGCGGGAGCUGGUGGAGCACGUAAAGAGGAAGAAGAAGAGAGGGAUCUAUCAGGAAUAUGAAGAGAUCCGCAAGGAGCCUCCAGCAGGCACCUUUGACUACUCCAAGAAACUGUCCAAUCAGCUGAAGAACCGGUACAGCGAUGUUCUCUGCCUCGACCAGUCCAGAGUUCGUCUCUGCGAGCUCAGUGACAACGAGGACGAGACCUCGGAUUACAUCAAUGCCAGUUUCAUGGACGGCUACAAGAGGAGAAAGGCGUACAUCGCUACUCAGGGUCCUUUGCCCAAAACAUUUGGAGACUUUUGGCGCAUGGUGUGGGAGCAGAUGGUUCUUAUUAUUGUAAUGACAACCAGAGUAGUGGAGCGAGGGCGUGACAAGUGCGGUCAGUACUGGCCGAUGGAGGAAGGCAGAACCGAGCAGCACGGAUGUUUCCUGGUCAGGAACACACGCAUCCAGGUGUUCCAGGACUUCAAACUCUCCCAUUUGGAACUCUACAAUACUCAAUCUGGGGAGAGACGAGACGUCUGCCACUACCUUUAUGUCAGCUGGCCAGACUUCGGGGUGCCCAAAAGUGCGUCCGCCAUGUUGGACUUUCGCGAGCAUGUACUUCAGAGGCAGGACGCCGCCGUCCAGAGUCUGGGCUCCGGUUGGAACGGGGAUCCGGGGGGCCCUCCUGUGGUGGUACACUGCAGUGCGGGCAUCGGCCGUACAGGCACCUUCUGCACACUGGACAUCUGCCUGUCCCGGCUGGAGGACAUCGGCACAGUGGACGUGCGUCAGACAGUGCGGCGCAUGCGCACGCAGAGGGCCUUCAGCAUCCAGACCUGGGACCAAUACUACUUCUGCUACACCGCCGUCAUCGAGUACGCCAUGCGCCGGGGCAAGCUGAGCCCGGUGCAGUGGUCCGACUCGGACAUAGAGACGGACAGCGAGUGAGUGACGCGUCCCAAACGACGUGGUCCGACCUAAGCCAUUAGCGCGGGCGUCGUGUUUUUGCUCCGGAUGCUGCGAUACUUGCUCGUCCCUCACGCCAACUCAGAGAGAGACAGACAAAGUGCUUCCUGGGAGUGGAAAUACAGGAAGUGGAGAGUGCGCGCUGCAUCUGUGAUCAAUUCCUGCCAAUUUCAGAGUCAAAGCGCAGGGGAGCUGGGCCCGACCUGCACUUGUCUUCUUGACAAGAACCUUGUAGCAUUUUUCUAUUGACUUGCACAUGAGGAGUGGCAAACCUGAAGCCGCCACGACCCUCAUCCAGGUUCCUCUCCGCAUCCUUCUCAGCCUCAAAACUAUUCCUCCACGUCUCAGAUCGUCUGGAUUUCUAUUGGAUUAUUUGAUUUUCGCCCCGUGUUUUUCCUUCAUAUGUAGACUAGACUUCGCAAAGCCAAAGUCAUCCCCUCCAAUGGUUGGAUGUAGUCCUUACUCAGACUGAAACAUGUAUAUUCUUGUAACGUACAGUCCGUUUAUACAUCGUUGUGCAGAAUAACCUCUUGGAAGAAGUGCAGAAAUGCCUUGUUUAAUAUUUUAGGCUGUAAGAAAAAGAGUUGUAUCGGAAGUGAUCUCAUGCCAAGUCUGACAUCUUUACUCUUCGUUCAUUUCACAUCAUUUGGCCUAGAAGUGUUUCUCCUCUUUCUGCAUUGAGACAUUUUGCCUCAGAUAAUUGUGCCUUCAAAUUUUUCUUGUUUAAUGUUGCAGUACAACAGGUAUCUAACCGGCCAUUGGUCACGGUUUACCUGACACAUGAAACGUGACAAAUUAGGGGGUGGAUACCUUUUGCCUUCAGUGCUGCCGCUUAGAAGUAAUGGGACAUACAGUAGGAAGGGGAUUCAUAUGGCCUUGUUUGUCACGGUUUACCUGACACAUGAAACGUGACAAAUUAGGGGGUGGAUACCUUGUGCCUUCAAUGCUGUCGCUUAAAAAUAAAAGGAUAUACAGUAGGAA